UCCAAUGGAGAAGAAGAAAAUGAAGAAAAAUGUCCCAGAAACCCCAACUCUUCGACCCUUCUUCAUCCAAGAAAUCUUCCUGCGACUCCCAGUGAAAUCUCUGUUAAGACUCAAAUCUCUUAACAAAUACUACACAACUUAAUCUCCAGCCAAAGAUUCCAGAAACUAUAUCUCGAUGACAAAAUCUCAAAAAAAAGACACUAAUCCAAGCAUCAUUCUCCAUGAUUAUAAAAGAUUAGAUAGGUGCGAUCGGGACUUCAGACACCUUCCACAUUACGCAUCAUCGACUAUAAUCCAGUGUAACGGAGGCCAACUUGAAGAUCAGACUGAUUACACUUUUAUACCGCUCAUGGCUAUCAAAUGUACUCAUUAUGCAGUUGUAAUGGUUUGGUUUUAAUGAGCGCUGCUGCGAUUUAUGUCUACGGCGAGAGCAGAGAGAAGUUGUUUAUUGCUAAUCCGGCGACGAAAGAGUACAAGACCAUCGGUGCGGAAGAGGUUUCGUAUAGUUUGUAUGGUUUAGGGUAUAUUUCUAGGAACGAUGAGUAUAAGGUGGUGAGAGUCAGGCUGAGAUGUGGAUGGAUAGUUUAGAGGCGGAGAUUUACACAUUAGGAGGAUCGUCAGAUGAAUGGAAGGGGAUUGGUAGUAUAAAUUACAAAUUUGAGGAUCAUCACGGCGUGUUGUUUAAUGGAUUGCUGCAUUGGGUAGCAGACAGGUGGGAGAAGGGUGACCUGGGUCCAUGGCGCGGAGGUGAAGUUAUGGUGGCUUUUGAUUUUGUGAGUGAGCAAUUUUUGGAAGUGGCAUUGCCGCAAGAUCCUUUAGAAACUCGAGAAGAAAGGGCAGUGAGGGUUAGAACUGUGGGGGAGGAGGAUGCCUUUGUGUAGUUUCGCUUAUUGAUCGUAAGCGGAUUGAUGUAUGGGUAAUGCAGGAGUAUGGGGUGAAGAAUCCUGGUCUAAAAGUUUUACAUUUUCCAUAAAUGUGAAGAACACUAGAGAGUUUGGUCUCUCAUGGACUCAAAACACAACGGUUGCGAGGCUCAUACGGAGUUUCGAGAAUAAUAAUAAUGUCUUAUUGCAGGUUGAUACCAGUUUAAUUCUGUAUGACCCAGAGAAGAAAAGAAUUAGGCAGCUGAAGAUCGGCGGCAAUGAGGAAUGGACUGAUGCAGAGGUUUAUGUGCCGAGCCUUUUUUCACUUAACUCUCUUGCUAACAGUGAAGCGCAGAGGCCGAAUAAGAGGCAGCGAUUUAACUCUGGUGCUAGGUUUGUAUGGCAGAGGCCGAAUAAGAGGGAAUCUCGUAGAGGGUGCAGGGUGGAAAACUAUAGAGCAAAGCUGGAAGAGAUUUGUCAAGGUCGACUCGAGGAUGACCCAAUUCUGGCCGUGUAGGUAGCAGCUUUGACCCCCGGACCAGCUAAACCAGGUCUUCAUCACUGUGUUUUGAUGGCUAUUUAGUGUGUGGAUGCCAUUUGUCUAGUUAUUUAGAUUCUCGUUCACUUAUAUUAGUAGCUUUUCUAUUUGUGUUGCAGGAUAAUAUGUAGUAGUAAGAAGAAUUUAUUGGAUGCAAUUGCUUUUUUAGCUUCUCAAUAGAUAUUCAUUUAUAUCCAUUUU